AGGAGGCAGCAUUACAAAGAAGGUGGGGUAAACUGGGCUGAUAACCAACAACAAGCAGCACAUAAUCUCUGUCUAUUGACAGUAUUCCUAUAAAAUCUACCUGUGGAAUCUACACUCACUUUUGAGACAUUAGGCUCCUCCUUUAGGAAUACAGAUCUGGGCAUGUACAAUAUAUAUACAUUGAAUAAUAGAACAAAGUGACCAAGAAGAAAGGAUUAAUAUGGUAAUUAACAACUCUAGAUCCUAAAUUGGGUCUUUUACAAGACAAUUUCUGCAAGUAAUCUCAGUAUCAAUGGAGGUCAUAGUAAAGCCCCCCACUGGAAAAAAAAUGAAGGCCCGGGCUCCUCCCCCACCAUUUCAACGUACUACUUCUAAAGAACUAUUGAAGCAAAGAACCUCUUCUGAUUCAGAUGGAACUGGAAACCAAUGUACAGAGGACAAAAAAGAGAAUAUACUACAAAGGAAGGUGGAUCUCACCAUAUGUUUCCCAGACGCUGAAGAAAAAUCAGUCGCUGUAAAUGGGAGCAAAGCAGUUAUGGACCUCUUGGUUGAAAUCUGCAGCCAAUAUCACUUAAAUCCUGCCCAUCAUUCACUGGAGAUGAAGUGUGGAACAUCACAGCAAUCCUCCACGUUAAAGCCAAACACUCUUAUAGGAACAUUAGAUGCACAAACAUUGUACCUGAAAGAGAAAGUCCCAGAAGUGAAAAUCAAGAAGCCUCCUCCUCGGGUUCCUGAGAAAACUGUACGUCUUGUUGUAAACUUCCUUGGUAACCAAAAAGCUGUUGUGCGAGUGAACCCUACCUUGCCUUUGAGGAGCAUCUAUCCAGUUAUUUGUGAGAAGUGUGAAUUUAAGCAUGAAUAUGUUACUCUGUUAAAAGAUGCCACCAGCAAAGAAGAGCUGGACAUGUCAAAGUCACUAAACGACUUGGAUUUAAAGGAGCUGUACGUUUGGAACAGCAAACAAGAAAAAGGAUUGAAUCUUUCAACCAGCAGUGACACUAUAGAAAAAGAAAAAAAGGGAAUUUUAGGAUUUUUUCGCAACCAUAAGAAAAACAGUAAGCAUGUGGAGAGCAUGGUAUCAAUGGAUAGCAAUGACUAUGAAGAUGUUUUCAAAACUAAAAACACAAGUGGGAGCAGUUAUGAGGGAUUUUCAACAGUUCCAAGUUCACCCUCUGUGAAUUCACGUCCAAUAGCAAUGGGUGCAUCAUUGUCACUUACAAACAUUUCUGGGCUUGAUGUUAGGCCAGAGGUGAAAAAGCGUCGGGCACCUCCUCCUCCUCCAAAUGUUACUGCUCAGGAGAUGGUUACUGUGAAGACUUCUGAUGAAAAGCAACCAGAACAGCUUUAUGCCACAAUUCAAAGGGAUCAUCAAAAAAUUAAAAGGAGAGCCCCUCUUCCGCCAAGUCCUCAAAUGCCAAAUGAAAUAAAUGAAGAAAAAGAGAACAGGAAAAGCACCACAGUGUAUUGCUGUGCAUCAUUCCCUUCACAUACUAAGCAAAGCUGAACAGACAUGGCUUUCUACAUUUCUCACAAUUCACCUGGUAUCCAUUCAUCUUCUGUUCCAGUUUCAUCCCGGCUGUGGGACUACACUAUCUCUUCUGGAAUUAUUUACACUCUGAAUUCUCCUUUCAUGAAUGUUUCUUGUAUUAUAUAGCAUAAAACAUCUAAAUUUCUAGCUUUGCACAAAGAAUCAAAGACAUUUAGAGAACUGAAAAAAUGCAAAAGUAUUUUUGUAACACUUGCUAGAUGCUGUCUGGUGUCUACAUUGUACUAUUCCUAUUGGUUUGAUUUUUUACUAUUUCAUUGCUAGAGGUUGGUAAAUGCAGUGAUGACACAUUUGGUACCUAAAGGGACCAUAUAGUCACCAAAACAACUUUAGCUUAAUGAAGCAUUUUGUGUGUAUAGAUCAUACCUCUGAAGUUUCAUUGCUUAAUUCACUGCCAUUUAGGAGUUAAAUCACUUUUGUUUCUGUUUAUGCAGCUCUAACCAUACAUCCUCUUCCUGUGAAAGAUACAGCUUGCAUAAAAACAAAAUGGUUUCAUUUUCAAUCAGAUGUAACUUACUUUGAAAGUUUUUAUCUUCUGCUCUGUAAAUUGAACUUUAAUUACAUACAGUAGGUUCCUGGGGGGUCUAGCAAAGCUAUUAACAGAGAGGGGAUAAGAUAUUAUAAAUUAAACAUACUGUGCAAUAAAGGAAGUGUAAACAUUAGAUGUCUCUUUGCAUUAAGUCUUUAG